GUUACAUACUUUGAAUCUUUCAGAGUUCGCAUCUACUUGGCCCUUCUUCACGUCCUCUCCUUGAUCGUCUCAAGAUAAGACUUCUUUCACGUCUCUUUCAGAUGAACAUGGCCGGAGAAGAAUCUUCCGUUAACACCUCCGGUGAAUCCAAUGGAAAAAUACAGCUAAAAAAGGUUGGUCUUGUUUACGACGAGACCAUGUGCAAACACGACACACCUUACGGCGAGUCUCACCCUGAGUGUCCUGAUCGUAUCAGAGUCAUCUGGGAGAACCUUCAGCUCGCUGGAGUCACUCAAAGAUGUGUGGUUCUUGGUGGUAGCAAAGCAGAAGAUAACCAUCUUCAAUUGGUUCACACAAAGAACCAUGUUAAUCUAAUUAAGAAUAUAAGCACAAAGAAAAAAGAUUCUCAGAGAGACAGGAUUGCUUCAUAUUUGAAUUCAAUAUAUCUAAAUGGAAGUUCAUCUGAAGCUGCAUAUCUUGCAGCUGGUUCUGUUGUAGAGGUGACAGAGAAAGUUGCCAAAGGAGAGUUAGAUAGUGGCUUUGCUAUUGUCAGGCCACCAGGGCACCAUGCUGAGGCAAAUGAAGCCAUGGGGUUCUGUUUAUUCAACAAUGUUGCAGUUGCUGCUAGUUAUUUACUCAAUGAAAGACCUGAUCUUGGUGUCAAGAAGAUUCUGAUUGUUGAUUGGGAUGUGCAUCACGGAAACGGCACACAGAAGAUGUUCUGGGAAGAUCCUCGUGUACUAGUUUUCUCUGUUCAUAGGUAUGAGGGUGGAAGCUUCUAUCCAGGGGGUGGUGAUGGAGAUUACAACAUGGUUGGGGAAGGUGCAGGUGAAGGGUUCAAUAUAAAUGUUCCAUGGGAGCAAGGAAGAUGUGGAGAUGCAGAUUAUCUUGCUGCUUGGGACCAUAUCUUGAUUCCUGUGGCUAAGGAGUUUAAUCCUGAUAUCAUCUUGUUAUCAGCUGGAUUUGAUGCAGCUAUUGGUGAUCCACUUGGUGGUUGCCGAGUUACUCCAUAUGGAUAUGCAGUUAUGUUGAAGAAGCUUAUGGAGUUUGCACAAGGAAAGAUUGUGAUGGCGUUAGAAGGAGGUUACAAUCUUGACUCAAUUGCAAAGUCUUCACUAGCAUGUGUACAAGUUUUGCUUGAAGACAAACCAAUUCUAGAUUCUUCUGAAGCACCCCCAUUCAUGUCCACAGGGCGUGUCAUAAAAGCAGUACGUAAGAGGCUAUGUGCUUAUUGGCCUUCACUUGCAGAUGCUUUGUCAUCAAAGCUGAUUGAUCAGAAAACUCCUACUCCAAUUGUCCUUACGUCUAGCUCCAUCUCUGAAGCUAAAGACCACACUCAUGAACUCAUAGAUCAAAUGUCGAAACUCAACAUUGAAAACCACCAAGUAGAUACUAAGGUUUCUACAUCUUCUUGGAGAAGUGAUCUCUCAAAGGUUGAUGUUUGGUAUGCAUCUUUUGGAUCCAACAUGUGGAAACAAAGGUUCCUUUGCUAUAUUCAAGGAGGACAAGUGGAGGGAAUGGCAAAUCCAUGUGUUGGUUCAAUGGAUAAAAGACCACCAAAGGGAAUAACGUGGGGAACAUAUCCAAACAGGUUAUUCUUUGGCCGUGAAUCUACAAAUGUUUGGGGUCCAGGAGGAGUUGCUUUCACCAAUCCCCUUACUAGUCCCAAUGAUCAAACUCACAUGUGUUUGUACAGAAUCACUCUUGAGCAGUUCAACGAUGUUCUGUUUCAGGAAAAUGGCUUGAAUAUAGAUUUUGAUUCUCCAAUCUUUGAUCUAACUUCUCUGAAGUUAGUAGAGAACAAUGGAUCCACUCCACUUGAAGCUACUCUGGCUCCUUGGUAUGGAAACGUUGUCUGCUUGGGAAGAGAAGGCGAUGUACCUAUACUGACAAUGACUUGCUCACUUUCUGUUAUUGAGAAGUUCUUAUCUGGUGAGGUGCCAUUAAGUCCUCCUGCAAAAGCCUAUGCCAACACUUUGAUAAGGGGACUUGUUGAAGGAGGAAUAUUCUCUGAAGAAGAAGCUGAGGCUUAUAUAGACAAUGCUGCUUCUAAACCUCUCUAAGAUUAUUAGGAGCUGAGUUAUUCAGUUACUAUUGAAACCACAGGUAUUAUGAAACUUUUGUCAUAUUGAAAUGACAUUUGUAAAUGUUACAAUUUGUCAUAAGACAAAUACAAUAAAGAUGGAAAGAAGAAUUAUGUAAACAUGAUAUGAUUAUCUUAAACUAAAUAGAUUGUUGAAAACAA